CCCGCAUUCCAGGCGCUCUCUGCUUCGCUGCUGCACGGGCUCACGGCGCAGGGCCCUUGCCGAACCCAGCCGAGACGCAGAGAGCUUCCCUCAGCCCAAGGGAGAGGACCAUGAAGACGUCAGUUUUAUUUUUGCUUUGCCUUUCGGUUUUCCCAGGCUUUUCCCAAGGCAGAGUUGUCAGAGAAGAUGAAACUGGUUUUGCGGAAUGUAACGUGUUCUUCUCUGGACAAGUCCCACCGGAAGGAUUUUCUGAGCCGUUCCAUGUGAAAAUCUGUCAGCAGUACAACAAAAAGCCACGGUUUGCAACCCUCUACAGUACUAAGGACAAAAUUCCUCUUUAUUCAGCUUUUAAGUAUACAAAAGCAGCCCAAAGUGAGGAGGAGGACUGGCUGGUUGAACCGCAGAUAGAUGAUCCAGAAAAUGACCUUCAGGAGAUGGUGCAUGAAGCUGAUGUUGCUGGCUCUGUGGCUAACCUUGGUGCAAAUCAAGCCCUGACCUCGGACUAUGUGGCCUCUGGUUAUGAGAGAGGGCAGCUGAAUCCCAGCUUGCUAAAUGAGAAAGAUUUCCAGAUGGCCACUUACACACUCACAAAUGCUGUCCCUCUGAGCCCAUCUCUCAGCAAAAGCUGGAACAGAGACGUCAGGAGGGUAGUGGAGCAGGCUCUGGUCCCUCAUUGCUCCAAGAAGGAUCAUCUCUAUCUCCUUGCAGGUGCAAUUCCUUCCAACGUCCUAGUUAAUGGCAAGGUGUCAGUGCCAGAGACCCUCUGGCUGGCAGCGUGUUGUGAUGCUCCAGAAGGAUGGUCUUUAGCACUGGUGAAGAAAGUGAAAGAUGAAAACAGUUUGGCAGACCUAGCAGUGGGAGAGCUGGAGCAGCAGCUUCCAGCAGGAGUUCAGUUGUUUAAGGGCAACUGCGGGGAAGAUAACCAAAAGCAGGACAAAAUGGAAGCAAUACUGCAAGCAGUUGCCCUGAUCUGCUCUGGAGAGCAAGAAGGAACAAGUGACAACCAGGACAAUGGCUUUGUGAGAAAAGUGGCUGGCAUCAUUGCCACCCCUUUCAUCAAACUCCUGGAACUCCUCAUCUACGUGUUCGUGGAGCUGGUGAAAUUUGUGUUUCGCUGUCUGUGGUUUGUGGUCAAGUGGGUUGUCAGUACUCUUCUGAAUGGAGCCUACAAUCUGUGUAAUGGGGUGGUUUUCUACCUCAAGGAGAUCAGCAUGGUGCUCAUCAGCAUCCCCUGUGAUGUGGGGAAGGUCAUCAUCAACAUCCUGCAGGGUUUGCUGGAAAUCAUUCAAGACAUUGCAUUUUUCACAUACAAGAUCCUGAGCAUCCCCGUGGGAUUUGUCCUUCACCUUGCUGCUUUCCCCUAUUACACCAUCUGUGCCAUCCCCUCCCUCCUCAAAGACAUAGCCACUGGGAUUGGCGGCACCUUCUCACUGGUUAUUGAUGCCGUGGGCACCCUUGUGCAUGGCUUUUGCUACCUUGUUGCUCACAUAGUCAAAAGAUUUGUCCCUAAGUGCUCCUCUGAUGACUGA